CGCCGGUGGCGCUGCUGUCGCUGUCGCCUGUCGCGACAGGGAGGUGGCCCGGCCGUGUCGGGGGUCGCCGGUGUCUGUCGCGAUGAGGGUGGGGGCGCUGCUGCGGCUCUGCGCGCACCCGGGGCCCCGGUACCUGCAGGGACAGCGGCCGGGCCCUAGAACCCGCGAGUAUUUUUACUACUUGGAUCACCAUGGACAGCUUUUCCUGGAUGACACCAAAGUCAAAAACUUUGUCACCUGCUUCAAAGACGUUGGAUUCCUCUCUUUCUUCUUCAAGCACCUGGAGCGGAACCGGAGCGGGCGCUACCAGGCAGAAUUCCCGUUCCUUUCCCGCUGCGGCCGGGAACGGAAUUUCCUGCGCUGCGCCGACGUUCCUGUGGUUUUCACGCAAAUCCUGCCCGGAUCCGACGGGAAUUCCCUCCUUUCCUACUGCGGAGGCGGCUCCAAGCUGACGGUGCCGUUCCAGCCCGGAAUGCUGGCAGUAUUCCCAGAAAAUGGGCGGCUUUAUCACCCGGCUCCGGAAAGAGCCGGAGGAGUUGGGUUGGUGCGUUCGGCGCUGGCGUCCGAGUGGAGCUCAGAAUUCCAGUUUGAGGAAGGGCCGGAAAAGCCCCCAACGCAUUUUGUGUGGGAAGGGAGGAAGUAUCGGCUCUCCGGGGAAUUGUUGGGAAUUCUGCGGGCAGAAAAAUCAGGAUUGGAGGUUGAGUCUGUCAGUUCUUGAAAAGGAAUUCUGUCUUAUCCAAAAUUGGAAUUCCCAAUUAUUCCCCCGGGAAACGGGAGAUUCCCAACGUAUUCUCAAAGAAUUGGAGCACCCCAAAAUUCCAGGCAGCCGAACCCCGCGGUUUUCUGGUAAAAAUCCUCCCAAAAAAAGACUGGAAGUUGCUCUGUCAAUUCCUUGUUGCGAGGAUUCGGGAUCAAGGAUUUGGGGAUUUGGGAUGAAGGAUUUGGGGAACUGGGAUGAAGGAUUUAAGAAUCUGGGAUCAAGGAUUUGGAAAUUUGGGAUCAAGAAUUUGGGGAUUUGGAACCAAGGAUUUGGGAAUUUGAGAUUAAGGAUUUGGAGAUGUGGGAAUUUGGGAUCAAGGAUUUGGGAAUUUGGGAGGGAUUUGCAUGGAAUUUCGGUAGUGGUGUCUUAUUAAUUAAUAAUUAACUAACAAUAAUUAAUAUCCCAUGGGAAUUAAGGGAAUUCUGGCGGGUUUUCCCCCUGGAUGUAGCAAUAAAAAUUCUGGGGAAAGAGCAGGACAUGAAGGAAAAACAUUGGGAUCAGGGUGGGAAAGACACCAAUAUGGGGUGGAAAAAUUCCAAGAUGAGGGGAAAAAUAUAAAUAUAAGGUGGAAAAACAUUGGGAUGAGGCAGGAAAACACCAAAAUGAGGAAGAAAAAUACUGGGAUCAGGGGGAAAAUAUCGGGAUGGGG